AUGUCGAAAAAUAAUUAUGAAGGAAGCAAGUCAAAUCAAAGUGGCGAAGAUGAGAACGACAAAAACCGAGAUAAUGGAAAAAGAAUGAGAACAAGGAGUCUUGAAAACCCAUCGACAAAUAAAGAAAAUCGAGGAAGAAAAAAGUGUCAACGUAACGAGGAGAUUCAGCGACGAAAGAAUAUUCAUAGAGAUGUACAUAAAAUGUUAGAAGAAGUCCUGGAAAAACAUGGCAUAAAAAAAAAGAAAAUUUCAAAGGAGGACAUGGUGCUAAAGGAGGACGUGGAAACAGGGGUGGUAGAGGAGGACGUGGAGGCGGAAGAGGAGAUUGGAAUGGAGGACGUCGUGGUGGAUACGGUGGAGCAGGCAUUACUGUUUAAGUGUUUUUUACAUGUAUUCAUUUAAUGUUUAUUUAUAUUAUUUCACUACUACUAUUAUUAGUUUUAUCAUUGUCUUAAAAUAUUUUAUUUCUUG